GUCUUUCUCCAGUAUUGUUCCUCUGCUCAUUCUUAUUGUUUUGCAUUUGGCACCGAAUUUGCAUGGGAUCCUUGACACUUCUGAAUACCGGAACUGCCAUGGCUAUUAUCAAGUGCCAUAGGGGUAUCUAGUCAGGCCAUGGCCACGAACAGUAUACUGUCCAAAUGUGGCCAUUUGGCUUUGACAGAAUGGGUUUCGUAUAUAAGUGGCGUUUUAGCUGACGGUGUCUUUCAUCAUUUUCUUCAUCCUACCACCCAUUAAACUCCCCCUCCUAGCUAGAACUUUUGUUUACGCCACAUCCUCAUCUGCCACCGAUGACGUCUGACAUCGAAUCUCCAUGGAUCUGUGUCACCAAUAGCUCAACAUCGGAGUACCAUGUCUUCUCAAAGCCUAUUCGAAAGUCGGAGAAUGAUGAUCGCGAGUACAGGCUGAUCCGACUAGGAAACGGCCUGGAGGCUAUGGUCAUACAGAACGCAGGCGCAGAAAGAGCUGCGGCAUGCAUGAACGUUGCAGUAGGAUUUCUGCAGGACCCUGAUGACAUGCCCGGUACGGCACACUUCUGCGAACAUUUACUUUUCAUGGGCACCGAACUGUACCCGAAGGAGAACGAGUUCGAUGAUUAUAUUACCAAGAAUGGCGGCUACAAUAAUGCCGACACGCAACCUGACAGUACGAUUUACCAUUUCAAUGUUUUCGCGGAUAGUUUAUCUGGGGCGUUGUCACGUUUCGCAUCUUUCUUCCACUGCCCAAUCUUCGAUCCGUCUUGCACCUCGCGAGAAAUCAUUGCCGUGGACUCGGAGUUCAAGAGAAAUCUUCAGAACGAUGCUUUUCGGGUCUCGCAAGUAGAGCGCCACCUCAGCAAACAAGGUCAUCCGUGGCGAAAGUUCGAGAACGGCACAAAGGAAAGUCUCAUCCAAGCUCCCUGUCGAAUGGAAGCCAAGGGUUCUUUCAGCUGUAUUCCGCCACCAGUUGAUGGCAGCGUGUCAGGUUCUCCCAGUCUCAUCGACAUAGAGGAUGGAACGAAACUCACAGAGGACAGUUACAUUCAGGAAGCCCGGCGAAGGGUCAUCGAAUGGUGGAACAAUGAGUACGACGCGAAUCGUAUGCGACUCUGCGUCAUUGGAAAAGAGUCCGUUGAAUACUUAUCUGACCUCAUUAGCAGACUGUUCUCCCCGAUAGCAACUCGUAACCUGGAUCCUCUGCCAAUCAUGUCAGUACAUCCUUACGGGCCGGACGAGGUGGGCACGAUGUUGUUUGUCCAGACGAUUAUCGACAUAUUCAGGCUCGAUAUAUCCUUCCCUAUUCCGGACCAAAGCCCACACUGGCGCCAUCAGCCAGCCUCCUUACUCACCCAUCUUGUUGGCCACGAAGGACCCGGUUCCCUAUUUUCUAACCUGAAGCGCAAGCACUGGGCACGUUGGCUCGACGCUGGUUAUUACAUUCUCGGAAGAGGAUCGGCUAUAUUCAAAGUAGAAGUCGGUUUGACUCACAGCGGUUUUGUUCAUCAUCGGGAAAUAAAUCUCGCAGUACAUCAAUAUCUCUCAUUUCUACGAUCGUCUGUCUUACCCGCAUGGCAUCAAAGUGAGGAGCACGCUCUUCGCAUCCUCGACUUCCGGUAUUCAGAGAAAGGUGAUCCUCAAGAUUACGCCAUUUAUCUUACUAGGCAGUUGUCCUCUCUGGCGCUCCCACCUCGCGAUCAGUGCAUCAGUGCGCCUCAACUAGUGGAAGCCUGGGACCCCGAGGACCCCAUGAAACCAGGCGGAGGUGAAAAGGAAGUAAGAGAUAUACUGAAUUUGCUUACCGCAGAGAAUAGCAGGUCAACGUUGUGGGCUAAGAAGGACGAUCAUGAGCGUAUUUCCGGAAAGAAUACGACGUGGGAGCACGAACCGUGGUAUGGGACAGGGUAUGCCACUGAGCGGUAUGACGCUAGUUUUCUCAGACAGGCCAAUUCAGCGCACGUUAUCCCAGGCAUAUAUCUUCCACUGCCUAACAAAUUUAUUCCACAAAGGCUCGACGUUGCGCAGCAACUUGUUACAUUAGAGCUAGAGAAACAACCGCAGCUGAUCAGAGAGACCUCAUUGUCAUCGUUGUGGUACAAGAAGGUUGACCGAUUCCGAGUACCAAAAUCCUCUGCGACUGUUCUGGUUUGCACGCCGGUCGCGAACAACUUUCCACGGGAUAGGGCAUUGACGUGCCUCUUCGCAGCAUGUGUAAGAGACUCCUUGGAGGAAUUUGCAUACGAUGCUACUCUCGCUGGUCUUUUCUGGUCGUUCUGGCCCAGCCGGCUAGGCUUUCAAUUCACCCUGAAUGGCUUCAAUGACAAAUUUCUUGUUCUUGCAAGUCGUGUCCUUGAAAAGGUCCGCGAACUGGAGAUGAAUGAAGACAUACUUUGCACCAGGAAACAAGACCUAAAGCGGUCCCUUCACAAUGACUCCUUAGAACAACCUUAGGAGUUGUCAGAACAGCUGUUGUAUCACGUUCUGCAUGAGAAUUAUUGGCGGCCAAUGGAAGUCGCGUCCGAAAUAGAUGCUAUUACCGUUGAGGAUCUGCAGAACCACGUUGCAAGGUUACUCUCCCGAGUAUACAUACGUGCACUUGUUGUUGGCAAUAUGGGCGAGACUGAGGCAAACCGUCUGUUGGAAAUGAGCGAGAGAAUGCUCCAAUCAUCGCCCCUUCCACAUAGCGACAUUUUCAUUCGUGCUUUAUCUCCGCCUGCAGGUUCAAAUGUGAUCCUAACGUCCUUGGUGUCAGACCUCGAUCAACCCAAUUCAGCUCUGACAUACUAUAUUCAUUUAGGAAGCGAGUUGAAUUGCCGAUUACGGGUUAUAUCUUCUCUGAUCCUACAACUGCUUGUGGAGCCCACAUUUAACGUAUUGCGCACUAGAGAGCAACUUGGGUACAUUGUCGCAUGCAGUUGUUGGUGUACAAUAGGCGAUAGCACCAGGGGUAUUCGCAUCCAAGUCCAGAGCGAACAUGAUCCUAUAUACCUGGAAGAGAGGGUAGAUUCCUUCCUC